AUGGAAAAAUGUCCUUGGGAUCAGAGUACUUAUGUCGGGCGGUGGCAUUAUUACUUUUGGGUGACAAACCCUAUGUUAUGUUUAAAAACCGAUCAAGAGCUUGAAGAAGCCAAGUCUUUACGUUCAUCCUAUUUAAAUGGUACACUUCCACCUGGGACAACUACUGAACAACUGUUAGCUGCGAAACAGAUCUAUGAAAGUUCAUUUCACCCAGAUACUGGACAAAAACAAAAUGUAUUUGGUCGAAUGUGCUUUCAGGUCCCUGGGGGUAUGGCUAUUACUGGAGCAAUGUUGUCUUUUUAUAAGACAGUUCCGGCUGUGGUGUUUUGGCAAUGGAUUAAUCAGUCGUUUAAUGCUCUAGUCAACUAUACCAAUCGAAAUGCUAACUCUCCUUUGAGCCAAACUCAAAUGGGCACAGCUUACGGUUCAGCAACAAUAGCUGCUUGUGUAACAUCCAUAAAAUUAAAGCAAUAUCUGACAAACAACGCUUCACCCUUUUUUCAAAGAUAUGUUCCAUUUGCCGCGGUUGCAGCAGCCAAUUGUGUGAACAUACCAUUGAUGCGCCAGACUGAAUUAUUAAAAGGUGUAGAUGUUUAUGAUGCCGAUAAAAAUAGAGUUGGAUGUUCUAAGUUAGCUGCUGCUAAAGGAAUAUCUCAAGUCAUAGUAUCAAGAAUUGUUAUGUGUGCACCUGGAAUGGUAUUGUUGCCUGUCAUAAUGGAAAAACUUGAAAACAAAAGUACAUGGUUCAAGCGUAAUACAUGGAUCCAUGCUCCAUUCCAAACACUCGCUGUUGGUUGUUUUCUGAUUGGUAUGGUGCCAACUGCGUGUGCCUUGUUUCCUCAGUUCAGCUCCAUUAAAUUAAGUACAUUGGAGAAAUAUGAGAAUACUGCAUACUGUGACAUAGUGAGCAACUGCAAGAACCCACCAGCUAUCGUGUACUCCAAUAAAGGACUUUAA